UACAAGGUUAGAUUGGCCUCAUCCGCAGUCUUUGUCAGCAUAUGAAUGGAUGAGUCCAAAUGAUGAGUUUGAUUUAAACUUUGAAAUGUCAUUUGUGGCGUUAUUUACUAAAUGAACAUCAAUUUGGUAUUCUAGCAGAUGUCAAUUUCUCAUCUCGAGGUCUUGUUCACGUGAUUUGUUACUUGAGGAUGUACCUGUUGCAUUUUCUCCCUUUUUUCCCCUCUUUAUUCUAAAAUUGAGGUUGUGGUUUUUCUUAUGUUACAACCCUUCAAGAAGAGUUGGCCAAUUUUAUCUCUUUAGGGUGAACAUGCAUAGCCUGGAAUGAGAGAAAAUUGUUGAAAGGAAGAAAUUAGGCUAUAACUUUCCAUAUUUGUUUCUAUGUAUGGCUUUAGUAGCAUUGGAUAUUUUUUGCAAGCCUAUCUGGAAAAAUUUUUCUAUAAGAUGGAAUGUGACUCAUAUUUGUAGAUGAAUUACUUGUAUCUUCAGUUUGUAGGCCAAUGCUUUAUUUUCAUUGACCAGGACAUGUCAUCUCACUUUUGAAGGGUUUAAUUAUCAUAUUCAUAUAUAGGCAUUGUUAUCUGUUAAUUCCUUUGAAAAUUCUUCACUAAAUAUAACUCAAGGGUUAUGGAGUGCCUAGCUGGUAAGAUCCAUAUGUAGCACCUUCCCUGAAGAUGAUUUUGGUGCUGGCUGCAAGAAAUUAUCACAGUUGACCAUGUUAAAAAUGCCACUGCAAUAUAGUGCCUGUUAGGUCAGCAACUAAUUUUCUAAUUUUAUGUCACUAUACAUUUGUGAGUUAAGAUCCUUAUGUAGCAUCUUCCUUGAAGAUGAUUUUGGUGCUGGCUGCAAGAAAGAAUCACAGUUGACCAUGUAUAAUGCCACUGCAAUAUAGUGUCUGCUAGAAAAUGAGUAUGACAGGCACUGGGGAUUUCUCAGCCAAAAUGGAUCCUGAAAGAAUGAAAGAACUGAAGGAGUUUGAUGACAUGAAAGCUGGUGUCAAAGGACUUGUAGAUGCCAACCUCAUUAGUAUCCCCAAAAUAUUUAUGCGACCACCUGAUGAGCUUGCUGAGGAGUUGAAAUUCAAGCAGACUGAUAUUGAAGUUCCUGUCAUUGAUUUAAGUGACAUCCAGAAGGGCAAUUUGUGUAAGGAGAUCGUAGAGGAAGUAAGAUUUGCAUCAGAGAAGUGGGGCUUUUUCCAAGUGGUUAAUCAUGGAAUUCCUUCAGGUGUUCUUAAUGAGAUGAUUGAUGGAGUAUGCCUGUUUAAUGAACAAGACCUCGAGGUGAAGAAGUUGUUUUACUCUCGCAAUCAUAUGCAAAAGGUGAGAUUCAACUCCAAUUAUGAUCUGUAUAAAUCAAGAUUUGCUAAUUGGAGGGACACAUUGACCAUUUCUUUGCCUGAUCAUCUUGACCCUGAAGAACUGCCAGUUUGUUGCAGAAGGGCAACACAGGAGUAUAUUAAACAUAUCAUAAAAUUGGGGGACCAUUUGUUUGAGUUACUAUCGGAGGCACUUGGCCUAAAAGCGGACCACUUGAAAACAUUAGGAUGUGGUGAAGGGUACACCCUUGUCUGCCACUAUUAUCCGGCUUGUCCAGAGCCACAGCUGACUUUAGGAGCAAGCAAACACUCGGAUCCGGGAACCCUAACUAUACUUCUGCAAAGCCAAAUCUGUAGCCUCCAAGUCCUUCAUGAAGGUGAAUGGGUUAAUAUACGCCCCAUUCCAGGAGCCUUGGUAAUAAACAUUGGAGACCUUCUUCAGCUUAUAUCAAAUGACAGACUUAAAAGCGUAGAGCACAGAGUAAUUGCCAACCAUGAAGGUCCAAGGAUUUCUGUGGCAUGCUUUUUCACCGGAAGUAUAUACAUGACGUACAGCCCAAUUAAGGAGUUAACAUCAGAGAAUAACCCUGCAAGGUAUAGAGAAGUCGUGCUCGGUGAAUAUAUUUCCAAAUUUUUCUCAAGGUCACUUGAUGAUAAGUCUAGUCUUCUUGAUUACUACAAGCAAUGAUGGUUGAUUCAUUUGUGUUUUAUAUUUGUUUGUUAUCUGAAGUUGCUGCCCUAUUCUAAUCUAAGCCACAUACAACUCCUACUAUUUUGAUCCUCGUCUGAGCUAUGUUCUUAGAUGUCAAAUGUAAUUUGCUGGUAUUAGCUUACGUAUGGAUUGUUCAAUAUGUAAUUAACUAUUAACUCCUUUGCAUACAUAGAUCAAGUGGAUGGUGUUAACCACUGAAUGUAAUUUUUUUCCCUUCUUUAAAUUA